UCAUCAUCAUGCGCGUCCAGCACCACGAGUAUUGCAAAAACAAAUUUACUCGAAGGGUCAUGAUGCGGCUCAAUGUCACUGAGUUUUGCUGUCAAUCUCAGAUACGCAGGGAUGCUUUAACUAUUUAAUUGAUUAGAAUAAAAAAUAUUAAACAGCCUGCAGAAAGAUAUAUUCCAUGUAAGGUUUCCCCCAUCUCAUCCAUCGUGAUUCAUGUCUACUGAUUCACCAUGGCCACCCAGAUUUGUAGAGUCCUGGAGCUGAUGCUGCGCUCUUCUUGUUGCACAAUCAAUAGAAGUAGAUCAUGUUUACGUAAGGCAGUGCUGGUCCCAACAACCUGUGUCCCUGGGGGUCAUAUUCUACUUAGAAGGGCUUAUAGCCUUGACUCUUGUGGCCCUGGUCGGCCCUCGCUGGGACCCAGUUCACAUCAGGGUCGUUCAGAGAGGAUCUCCCCUUCCUCAGCGCUGGUACACAGAAACCUGUCUGCUGCAGCGGUACAGGGCCAAUGUCGUCCUCUGUGCCAGUAUGACUAUCUGGAUCUUGGAGAGGUAGAGGAAAAUGUUCGCCGUGCACAGGCUUGUAAGAAAAUGAGACACUUUAUAGUUAAACCAGACCUAGCCAACGUGGUUGCACAGCAUCUGGGUCCUGACCUGCAGAACGCCAAAACUGUUAUUUUUGAUUGCAAUCCAGGUCCUGGAGUGUUGACGAGAGCAUUGCUUAAUGCUGGAGCUCAGAGAGUUGUUGCUCUCGAGGGAGACAGGGCCUUCCUACACGAUCUCCAGGAAUUGGAGGGCCGCCUUGAUGGUCAGCUAGAGGUGGUUCACUGCGACUAUUUUAGGCUUGACCCCAUCGGCAGUGGCAAUGUGAAGCCUCCCACCAUGUUUACUGAUAAAUUGUUCACUGACCUGGGAAUAUCAGAGGCUGCUUGGACUGAUGACAUCCCUGUGAAGGUGGUGGGAAUCCUGCCCCAGCGGAACGAGCGUGGCAUGCUGCUGAAGAUGGUUUAUGCUCUGUUCGAGCGAUUGUCUGUCUACAGAUAUGGAAGAAUAGAGCUCAACCUCUUCAUCAGUGAGAGGGAGUACAAGAAACUGGUGUCACGUCCGGGGGACAUGAUGUACUACAGAGCCUUUGGUGUUCUCUGGCAGAUGGCUUGUGACGUUGAACUUUUGCACAAGGAGCCCUGGGAGUCAUUUAUUGUGUCUUCAAGGCAGAGUGUACCUAGCUCCAAGGGCAGGCUUCCAAAUGACCACCUGUGCCUGGUCCGCCUACGUCCACGGGCUGACCUCUUCUCCGCAGGCCUCACCCCCUCAAAUGCCUCCACUCUGCUGAUGAUGGUCAAACAGUGUUUAGCAAAAAGGAAGGUCAAACUCGUCGACAGGCUCAAUCUGUGGUCACCUGAUAGUGGCAGCAAGCUGGUGUCAGAGCUGGGCUUGCCUGAGGACAUCCUGACUGGCAACGUGUAUCCAGAGGAGUAUCUUCGGCUUUUCCAGCUGAUGGACAAGAGUCAGGAGUUCACACAGAGCUGGCUUUAUGAAGAGAUACUGGAGAACACACAGAGGGAAGGCUGGGGCUAAAAUAGGACAAAGAUGGGACACUUUCAAACCGACUGAACUCAAACACAGCAGGACGUCCAGAUGUGUACGAAACAAACUGAACUUUAAUAUAUGUUUGAGUACAACUGAUGUGCUGAUUAAGGAAGGUAAUAUGUAUGUUUAGCCAUACAAGUGUAACAAAUGAUUCAUGGGUUUAUCAUAAAUAGCUCUGUUACUGAAACUGAUUAAAUGUUUGUGUGGGUUUGUGAAGACCAAUUAAGGUAUGCUUUACAUGACUUUUUUUUAAAUCAUGUUGCUGUGACUUCAUAGUUUGGACAGAGGCACCCUUCAUACAUCACUGAAACAUCAGGAUAUGCAAAUGAUCUCAUAACUCCACAAUGCUUCUCUGGAUAACACAGUCCCAGUUCUGUUCAGUCAGUAAUCCGCAGUAGCAGCUUUACUACCUUCCUACAUCAUGGCGUGAAGUGAACCUGUUGUUUGGGGAGAGAAGCAAUGCAGUAGUACGUUUUACAACAUAACAAAGUCUGUAUUGUAUUUUCAUAUUUCCAUGGGUCACCAAUUAUG